GAGCUACUGUGCAAACUGAUCUUGCUUAAGAGCUAGCACUCGGCCAUGUCUGUGCUGGGGGGACAGUGACAACCUGCUCAUAACCUUCGCUUUCUAGGCUCUUUCUCUUUGUCUUCCUCAACUCUGCUAGGCUCAACUGACGGGAACCUCUUCUUUUUGACACGCGCACUGUGCAAGGAAGCAGCUCCAAAGACUUCUCCUUCAUUGUGGUCUUCACUUGGAAAGGGCAGCAGCACGCACCAGCUCUUUUUGUCCUACAGCGCUAUUGAGACACAAAUUCGGGUGUCACCCAUACAACGGGUCUUACAUCUGAGACAUCUUUCUGACAUUCUAAGCGGUUAGACAAUCCCGUCAUCGUAUAUCUACAAUCAAUGGUCCUGUUUCCUACAGCAUUCAAGGCAGAGAUGCCGCCAGCUAUUGCAGUGACGCUGGACAAACAGUCUGCCGUACUACCUUAUGCGAAUCCAGCCAGUGCAGGUUUAGAAGCGCCUGCGUAUGUUGCGAUUGGCCUACCAGAAACAUUGACGAUUCAUGCGACCAUUGUCUUGAAAUUGACGAAAUCCACCAACAUUACAUCUCUCAAGUGUGCCUUCAACGCUAGUCAAGUCGUGGAUGACAAGCAAGAACGGCGAUUCGGGGUCUACGAACUGCAUCGACGAGAAGUAGACCUGCUUAGACGCAAAUCAGCAACAUUGAGCGCAGGCGUGCAUACUUUUUAUGCCGCAUUCGAGGUACCGUCUUGGCUACCAGCAACCUUUUUCUCAGCCAACAGCCAAAUCACACAUGCCGUCACCGCCACGGUUCAAGUAGCACGACCUGCAAUCUAUCUUGGUUUACGAGAUACACAGGCGUCCAGUACAGCUGCGUUCAGUUUGACGCGGGGGCCACCAGCGGAUAGUAACAGCCUUCGAUACUGGUCUGGCGAGCGGACGUCGGCAGACACGGCGCUGGCAGUCAAGACGUCGAGGUAUGUACGGGUAGGUGGCAAGCUGAGGCUGAGUUUACGGGUACGGUCAAGUGCACGCAUUGAAGCGUGUACGAUUGAUUUGGUUCAGCAAGAGAGUAUCUCCAGUGUUCCUGAGGAAGACUCGAUUUGGGCGACGCAUGGUGGGAUAUCAAGGAAUCCACCGAUGAGCUUCUUUUUGGAUCAAAGCUCGUUGGAGGAGCAGACUAUUCGCUUCAACCGAUACCCAAUGCCAACCAUUGAAGCGGCAUUCCCUGAGCAAGAGACAGAAGAGGGAGAAUCGACAACCCUGUCACAAGUCAACAUGGCAUUCAAGUUGCUGGGUGAGAACCUACAACCAGACCUAGCAUCGCCCAUGCUAGAUAUCUGCCACAAGUUGCGGAUUCGACUGACACCUGAGGGCGCCAAGGAGAUUAUCAUCCAUGUGCCUAUCACGGUGUAUGCUGGAUCUGCCGCUUGUGAUGACAUGCCUCCAUUUUACGAUGAAAUUGAUGAACGCCUGGUGCGCAGUCCAUCGAGAGCCGAGUCGGUGAUGACGCUGCCACUGUACCGGAAGGAGCAGGCGGAGGUGAUUGAGCGGGAAGAAGAGAUGACACGGGCAUUUGACGAGCAUGAUGUAUGUUUAAGAGCAUGAUUGAUAGCAGACCAUAGCAAGCGAUGGCAUUCUUUUUGUUUUACCGGUACAGGACUACUAGACUAGGCCAUAAGUAUCCUGAGUGGCCAUCUGAAGUAGGAGGACGCGUAAUUGGGCGAGAACUCAUCCAGCAGCUGGACGUC